AUGGUUUACAAUGAAACAAAUGCAUCACUAUGGCCGUGUGCUCAUUCGCUACAUUAUAUCUCAUGGACUGUACCAUGUACCGUAUGUCGGUUAGGUGGCACAUUAAUUUUAUUAAUAUCAAUCGUUUGUUUUUCAUUCAACAUACGAUUUUUAUUUUCUCACCGAUGCAAAAAUAGUCUUGCUGUCUCGUUAUUCCUAGCAUCACUUUUAGUGAUAACAAUAAGUGUACCAGGUGUUAUUGUACAAUUAUUUACAUGCCACCGCCACUGUUUAAAAAUCUAUUGUCGUAUUGAAGGUUUCUGUUCGUAUUUAUCCGGUUGUGUAUGCAUGUUAGUAUUUAUGUCAUUAUCAAUUCAUCGAUAUUUAUCAUUAUGUUCAUGCAAAAACUCAUUAUCGUAUGGAGUUUCAACAUGUUUCUCUUGGUCGCUGAGUCUGGCGUUUACAUUUCCAUUAGUAUUUGAUUAUUUCAAUUCUUAUAUGCCUGAAGGCCUUGGAUUCCAUUGCAGUAUCAAUUGGCAAGAUUCAUCGAGUAUAGGACGCGCCUAUAUUCUUUCAUCGUUUAUUUUCAUGUAUUUUAUUCCGCUGACAAUUCUUGUCUUUGUCAAUGUUCAAGCUCACUUAAUUGUUCGACGCAUCUAUACAAAGGAGAACUUACAUUCAACAUUCAUAAAUUACAUGCAUCAAAAAAAUGCAACUAGAAAAAGUCGGCAAGAAGUUGAUUAUAAAAAUACUCUUGUUCAUAAAUAUUGUGUGAGAGUCGCUACUGAUCGAAAACGAUUUCGGACUGAUUAUCGAUUUCUACGUGCUAUUAUAUUUCUGGUCAGCAGCUACCUUAUAGCAUGGACACCCUAUUCAGUAAUUGCAGUGUUACAAUUAUUGAAUAUAGGAUUCAUAUUUGACCAUGCAUUUUUAAUAACUUUAAGCGCUUUUAUUGCCAAGUUAUCAGUUAUUUUAUCACCGCUUGUCUAUUUAAGUAUUAUGAAUAAUAAGCUUUUUAAAAGAAUUUUAUUCAAAUAA